AUGAAGCGCCCGUCGGUAUCGUCGCGAGACUCUAGCUCAUCCGACGCGUCAAAUGGCGACGAUGCAGCUAGUAUGCACCUCGCUGCUUUGCGCGGCCAAGAGCUGUCAGACGCAGCCUUGCUGCGGUCAAAGCAGGGCCGCCAAGCCGUCAUCCACGGCAUCCGUCACCACCUCUCCUUCGCACAGCUGCCCGCCGUCGUUGCCCUCUGUCAGCAACCUGAAUACACAGCCUUGGCGCGCGCACGCCAUGCGCGCCUCAUCAUGAGCAACAUUGUGCCUGAAAUGGGCGACGACGCCGUCCUGCCAUACUGCAUCUGGCACCCCGAGACCGCCACAGAGGAGACGUACCGCAAUGUCGCGAAGAUGUACCCGCAUCUCAAAUAUAGUGUGGCGAGGGCUUGCGCCGUGGCUGGCUACACCAAGCUGUAUCGGGAGCUUGACGUGCUUCCCGAGGUGGCGGUCGCCGAGGAGGCGCAGGCAUCGGAGCGAGGCGGCGAGAUUUUCAAGCUCAUAAUGGCGCAGCCCGUGCGGUACGCCGUCAUGAAUGACUAUGAGAAUAAGAUUCAGCAGACGCCCCGGCCUGGUGCCUUUCUAAACGGUGACACGGCGGUGGCCUCUGUCCUCCGCCUUCGGUCCGAAGACCCCGGCAGUGUGCUCGACGCCUGGCCGUCGUACUGGGACAUUGAGGAGGAUGGAUACAUUGGUGAGGAAGACGUCGGACACUUGGGCGAAGAAUACUUUGGUACUGUGACGGCGUGUGAGAUUGAGCUACUUGAAAAGCCCCUACCAGCUGAUCUGCCCACUGUGAACAAAGACGUGCUGAUCCUCAUGGCUGCCUACGAGGGACACAUGGAUCGCUAUGCGCGCCUGGCGCGACCAGAUUUUAUCCGUGGCGAAGCGGCCUGUAUUGCACGGGGCAUCUAUCACAACACUUGCUUUGCGAAAUGGUGGGGGACUCGAAAUCUGUUUCCGGCGGCGGUCAACGCCCGACGCACCAUGGUCAACGACCUGUCUUAUCUGACGCCCGGCAUUGCCGAAGAGGAUCUGCCGUACCUUAUCUGGCAUCCUCUCCGUCCACACUUUAAUACCCUCUUUGAGAUUGUGCGGCGCGAGCCGAGAAUGUGGGUGACUGUUGCCCACGCCUGCAUCGCAUGCAACUACACGCGGCUCUUUGACCUGCUUCUCCCACGCAUCACGCCGACCCGCGAGCUCCUGUGGGAGGCGGAGCAGGCGUAUAACCCGCACUUCAAGGAGCUGCUCGCGCCGCUCAAGGAGCAGGGCAAGCUUGUGGGCGGCCGUGGCGAGGCCGCGUCGGAGGAGGACAAGGAGCCGACCGAGUCGCUCGUGAGCGGCCGGCUGUUGCUGGACAGUCUGUGGGAGAAAUACCAUCCCAAGCUGUGGGCUGGGCUCCGGGCCAAUGCGGCGUCGCUGGAGCUGUAUCUGAUGGUGCCGGAGAAGAUUCGUCAAGAGGCGGCCGCGUCCGAGGUGGGCAACUAUGCGCUCUACCAGUUUGAUGAUGGCAUUGACCGGGAGUGGGAUGAGAGCAUAUUUGAGAAGCUUACUGUCAAGGACUAG